UUUCUGCACCCCGGAUUAUCUAUCUGCGCCUUGGAUAGUUGUGGUAAACAUAUGAUUUCACCCUACAGGUCUGGAAGAAAUGGCUAUAUCGAUAGUGCUCACGACCGACUUAGCCUCAGCUCACCCUUUCGCCCUAUUCGGGACAAUUUCACUAUCAGGCUCCGAGAGCUAAUACGCGCAAACAUUAUGAGAUGCUUAAAAGAGAAGCGGUUCCCUUGAAUUGUAAGCAUGGGCUUACAGAUGCUUUUUCCCUUUGCUUCUUGACCAUUUCUUUUCGUCUAUACAUUUGUAAGUUCUAGGUAAUGGUGAUUUUGGCAAGAUGGCCAAUCAACAAAUUCCGUACUCUAUGACAAACCAUGACGAAGAAAAGGGGCUACAUCGAACACCAACUGGUGUGACAAUGUCCCCGGAACUCUUCGAGAAGCUCUACUUGAGUCCUAAGGUGCCUCGUGCUGGCGAUUAUCACAAGCGAUUUGCGAACCCAACACCUCUCGGCUUCAUUGGCUUUGUCAUAUCCGCCUCUACAUUUUCCAUGAUCAUCAUGGGAUGGGGAGGCUCCGCAGGGUUAUCCCCCGUGGCGGGGAUCUUCUUCUUUGUGGGACCAGUCACGAUGAUAUUUGCCCUGGUAUUCGAGUGGAUCUUGGGAAACUUCUUUUCGAUGAUGGUCAUGGGACUAUUCGCCGUAUUCUGGCUGUCAUUUGGGCUUCUCGAGGUACCUAACCUCGCCCUUGGCGUUCCAUUUGCUACGCCGGGCGAUCCGACGGGCACAGCAUCGAGGGAAUACAAUGCCGCUAUCGGACUGUACCUUAUCGUUUGGGGAUUUGCCUUUUUGACCUUUUUUGCCUUUACGACUCGUCUGAACAUGGUUUUGGCAACUAUAUUUAGUCUUACAGCGAUAGCAACCUGGACAUUAGCAGGUGCUUACUUCAACCUUUCCUGGGGCGAUUAUGAAAUGGCGAAUAAACUUUCGAAAGCUGGUGGAGCUAUCAUAUUCGCCGUGUCAAUUCUGGGCUGGUAUAUGUGCUCUGUUAUCAUGGCAGGGGAGAUGAGAAUUCGGUUUAACUUUCCAGUGGGAGACUUGAGCCACUUCUGGCCCAGCACCGACGUAGAGUUAGCGGUGCGUGAGCACAGUGAUUAAAGCCCAUAAAGACCCAAUGCGUUAUACGGUAAGGGCUAGCUGAGGAAACAGGAACUCAAAACGUGCCAUGUGCUGGGUACUGGCUAUGUUUCGUGGGUAUUACACUCGUCGCGGUUAUACCUUUGUUGUCCGUGCUUAAUUAUUGAUUAUCUAUGUAGGGGAUAAAGCUUGAUUAGUUGCACACUAGAAUGCAGUUGUCACAAGAGACGGCUCCAGGCUUAUUCGUUCGAAUGGUUAUGUAGUUAUACUAUCAGAGUAAACAAGACAGAAUUCCACAAGCAAGGAUAAAGAC